AUGGUCAUCAACGUCCCCACCGCCUCUCUGGAAGGCAAGGUCGCCCUCAUCACCGGCGCCGGCCGGGGAAUUGGUCGCGGCUGCGCCAUCGAGCUCGGCAAGCGCGGCGCCUCCGUCGUCGUAAACUACGUCUCCUCCAAGGGUCCCGCAGAAGAAGUCGUCAAAAUAAUUGAGGGCUUUAACAAUGGUGCAAAGGCGAUAUCUAUCCAAGCCGACGUCUCCAAGGUCUCUGAAAUUAACCGCCUUUUCGAGGACGCAAAGAAAGCGUUCAAGAAGAUUGACAUUGUGAUGAGCAACUCGGGUACGGAGAGCUGGGAUAAGACGGAGGAGAUUACGGAGGAGAAGUACGAUCAUGUUUUCAACUUGAAUGCGAGGGCGCAGUUCUUCGUUGGGCAGACGGCGUACAAGCAUAUUGAGGAUAAUGGUCGCAUAAUUCUCAUGUCGUCUAUUGCCGCCGGUCUUCUGGGUGUGAAGGACCACGCACUGUACAACGCAUCUAAGAUGGCUGUCAUCGGUUUUAUCAAGGCGUUUGCAACGGACUUUGGCAAGCGCGGUAUUACGGUCAACGGUGUAGCGCCCGGUGGAAUCAAAAGCGACAUGUUCACGCAGAAUGCUUGGCACUAUAUCCCACACGGUUCGCCUGACUGGCCGGCAGAGAAGAUCGAGACUCUGAUGGCGAAUCACUGCCCAUUGGGACGGUGUGCGGUACCAGAGGAUGUUGCGAGGGUGGUGGCUUUCUUAGCAAGUGAGGACGGUGGAUGGGUAAACGGCCAGGUCAUUACUAUUUCUGGUGGCUCCUCGCAGUAG